UGCGGGCUUCGAUAUCACUCUGACAGAUCCGUGGGGAAGAGCGCUGUCUCACCAGUUUUUCCCCACGCUGGAAGACUACGGUGCCUCGAUGACGUUCAGUUCACUAAGAGAUUUCCCGGUGUUCAAGAAUUACGAGAUGCCGUUCCCAAUUGUCGUCGCCGAUGGAAGAACCCCGGGCACUGAGAUUAUCAGCUCGAACUCCACGGUUUUUGAGAUUACACCUUUUGAAAUCGGCUCUUGGGACCCUUCUCUUUACACGUUUGCCGACCUCAAGUACAUUGGAACGAAUAUCACCAACGGAAAACCCGUGGACUCGUGCAUUGGCGGAUACGACAACACCGGCUACAUUUUUGGGACGUCGUCGUCGCUCUUCAACGAGGUGUUGCUGGAGCUCAAUAGCAGUUCGACGUCCAGCUUUUUGGCCUCCUUGUUCGAGGACUUUUUGGACCAUAUCGGGUUUGACGAGAACGACAUCGCUGUCUAUAAGCCAAAUCCAUUCUACAAAUCUGAGUGGGCAGCCCUGGACUCGAUCGUCAGUUCCGAGACGUUAGAUCUUGUCGAUGGUGGCGAGGAUUACCAGAAUAUUCCCUUGAGUCCGCUGUUGCAACCAGAAAGACAAGUCGAUGCUGUUUUUGCAUUCGACAACUCCUAUGACACCGAUACCCACUGGCCUAACGGAACAUCGCUUGUUUAUACCUAUCAACGUCAAUUUGGAUCGCAGGCAAAUCAUACGGCCUUUCCCUACGUUCCUGACCAGGCAACGUUUUUGAAUCAGAACUUGACAGCCAAGCCAACAUUCUUUGGCUGCUAUGCUUCAAACUUGACAGAUCUCAUGGACGAACUUGAAACCAACUACGUUCCGCCAUUAAUCAUUUACAUUGCCAACAGACCUUACUCCUAUUAUACCAACACGUCCACUUACCAGAUGUCUUACACGGACGACGAAAAAAUAGGCUUUUUCCAAAACGGCUUUGAAGUGACUACUAGAAAUAACCUCACCAUUGACGAGGAAUUCCGCGCAUGCAUUGGAUGUGCAGUCUUGCAGCGCUCUAGAGAGAGGCUUGGCUACUCCUUGGGGGAUCAAUGCCAAAGAUGUUUUGAUACUUACUGUUGGGACGGAACUAUUGACUCCGAUGAGGCCACUAUCGGCGUCAACUUCACAGACAGCGGUCUUACUUUGCAAUCGGAGGAGACGAAUGCCACAAGCGGCUCUGUCAGACUAGGCUUCGAUUAUUUCACUGCCAAGUUUGUCGUGAUGGCUUCGGUCCUCUGUCUGGUUUUAUUUUAGAGAGAGACGAUCGACGCGAAAAAAAAUAGAUAUUCACUAAAAAAUUAUUCUGUACUAUUACUACAUGUCCAACAUUUUGAAAGUGC